AUGGCUUCGCGACCUACCGUCUCUAUCAUCGGCAAAGAUGGUGCUCCCACGGGAGCCACCCACCCCGUCCCUGCCGUCUUCACCAGCCCUAUCCGACCGGAUAUCGUGCAGCGAGUUCACACCGGCAUGGCCAAGAACAAGCGCCAGCCGUAUGCUGUGAGCGAGAAGGCUGGUCACCAGACUUCUGCUGAGUCCUGGGGAACUGGACGUGCUGUUGCUCGUAUCCCCCGUGUCUCUGGUGGUGGUACUCACCGUGCCGGUCAGGCUGCCUUUGGUAACAUGUGCCGAUCCGGCCGCAUGUUUGCCCCUACCAAGAUCUGGCGCAAGUGGCAUGUCAAGAUCAACCAGGGCCAGAAGCGCUACGCUACCUGCUCGGCCCUGGCCGCCUCGGCCGCCGCCCCUCUCCUGAUGGCCCGUGGUCACGAAAUCAUGACUGUCGCCGAGGUGCCCCUCGUCAUCGACAGCGCCGUCUUCGACUCCGCGGCCGUCUCCCGCACCGCCCCUGCCCUGGCCCUCCUCAAGGCCGUCGGCGCCGGCCCUGACCUCGAAAAGGCCAAGAACUCCAAGAAGCUGCGCGCCGGCAAGGGCAAGCUCCGUGGCCGCCGCCACCGCCAGCGCCGCGGGCCCCUCGUCGUCUACAACCCCGAGGUGGACGGCAAGGAGCUCGUCAAGGCCUUCCGCAACAUCCCCGGCGUCGAGACCUCGCCCGUCUCGGCCCUCAACCUCCUCCAGCUCGCCCCCGGCGGCCACCUGGGCCGCUUCAUUGUCUGGACCUCGUCCGCCUUCAAGGCCCUCGACGACAUCUACGGCUCCACCACCGAGGCCUCCGCCCACAAGCGCGACUUCUUCCUGCCCUCCAACGUCGUCUCCCAGGCCGACCUCACCCGUCUCAUCAACUCUUCUGAGAUCCAGAGCUCCCUCAACGCCCCCAAGGGCGAGGCCGUCACCCGCCGCUCCGCCGUGCAGAAGAAGAACCCGCUGCGCAACAAGCAGGUUAUGCUGCGUCUGAACCCGUACGCCUCCGUGUUUGCAAAGGAGUCUCAGAAGAAGCAGUAA